UAUAUAUAUCUUGUUUGGGACAGAAUUUCGCAGUCUAUCGAACGAAAGCGAAUAAAGUAUUUAUUUUGGACGCUUAUUGUCCGCACUUGGGAGCCAACAUGGGCAUUGGCGGACGGGUUGUUGGAGAUAAUUUAGAGUGUCCCUUUCACCAAUGGAGUUUUCGUGGUACCGAUGGAGUAUGUACAAACAUUCCUUACAGCUCAUGUGUUCCCCCUGCCAUUAAGGUAAAAAAAUGGAUUUCUACUGAAACAAAUGGGCUAAUAUUUGUUUGGUAUAAUGUUGAAGAAUUGGAACAGCCAUGGACUCUUCCCAUAUCUGAAGAAGUUAAAGCCAACAAAAUGGUCUACCAUGGCCGCAAUGAAUUUUAUGUAAACUGUCAUAUUCAAGAGAUACCCGAGAAUGGUGCUGAUCUUGCCCAUUUCACUGCAAUUCAUAACAGGAGUUUUUUAGCUGGAGGCUUUGACCCAAAAGAAAAUUUUCUUAGCAAUCUCGGAUAUCAUGACUGGCAGGCAAGUUGGAGUCCGUCGGAAGACAAGCACAUUGCUGAAGUAAAAUUGAUUCAUUCUUUCGUAUUGUUUAAUAAAUUUCACUGUUUUCAAUUGAAAGUCAUCGGGAAGCAGCUUGGUCCUGCAUAUGUUCAUCUCUUUCUCCACUCUCCCAUAUUGGGAAAUUUCCAAAUAUUUCAAACCAUAACGCCAGUCGAGCCUUUAUUACAAAAGGUUGUACAUAGAUUCUAUGCAUCUCGAUCAAUGGCUCCAAUUAUGAAGAUAUUAAUAUGUGGAGAGAGUAUAAUGUUUGAACGAGAUAUGAAUAUUUGGAAUCACAAGAUGUAUCGUAGCAAUCCCUACCUAGUCCUUGAGGACUCUUCACUUAAAAAAUUCCGAAAAUGGUAUUCAAAUUUCUAUUCAGCUAACAGUAAGACAUAUCAUCAAUCGGAUAGCAUGAAAUGGUAGCAAGAGUAAAUUUCAAUUUUUUAUACCUGUACUGUAUAGGCUACAACUUACAACCACAAAUUUUGACAUAUAAUUUCUAAUAUAAAUAGCCAUUUGAAGGGGGUAACAACAGGUACACAUGUUAUUUUAAUGUUAUAAGAACAUAAUCUAAUUUUUCAUGUUAUAUUUACAUAAUAUAUUUUAUGCUAGACAUGUUAUAUGAAUGUUAUGUUAAUAAAUUUUAUGCUAAUAUA